CUCUCAGCCCGAGCCAACUCAACGAAAAAUGCGCACCUUCAUGCUAUCCCUGGCAGUAUUUGCAAGCCUGGGAACAUCCGCGCUGGCGGCAACCGACGACAUAUCUACCCCAUCGAAGGGUGGGGUGGAAGUUCAAAAGAAGGGUGUUUCCAUUGGGUUUUCAGGCCUCUGCAGUGGUCCUAACGCGAAGACUGAACCUCCAGCUGGGGCUGUCGUCGUCGAUGCUUCGGGUACCUACGACGGGAGCUACAAGACCGUUGCGGAGGGUGUUGCCAACCUACGAAACUCGACCGAAGAGCAAACGCUCUUCGUUUUCCCGGGCGUCUACAACGAGCAAGUGUCAAUCCCGAAAUUAUCGGGCCCGCUGGUCCUCCAGGGCUACACUUGUGACACAACUUCGUACUCUGCAAACGAAGUGACUCUCACCCAGUCCAAGGCCCAGAAGGACAUUCCACCCGAGAUCGAAAACAACCGCAACUAUCUCACCAGCACGUUGGGUAUCCAGACAAGCAAAGUGAAGGUGUACAACCUCAACGUGGCCAAUACGGCCGGCAAAAUUGAGGAAGACGGCCAGGCAGUGGCAGUUUACGCCGAUGGAGUCGACCAUGGCUUUUAUGCCUGCAACUUCACUGGGUACCAGGACACUGUGUGCGCCCACAAGGGUCGAGAGCUGUAUGCCAAGUCGUACAUCAGUGGUGCUGUCGACUUUGUGUUCGGUCAAGUGGCCAUGGCGUGGUUCGAGUCGUGCGACAUUGAGUCUAUCGGUGAAGGUUGGAUCACUGCCAACGGCAACGAAGAAUCUACUGUCGCUUCAGAGUAUGUUUUCAACAAUGCUCGCGUGUUCGGCGAUGGCUCGACCUACUUGGGCCGUCCUUGGCGCCCCUUUGCCCGGGUUGUGUGGCAGAACAGUGAGCUGGGCGAUAUCGUGAACCCGGAAGGAUGGGAGGCAUGGGACGAAACUUCCAGCACCGAUGAUGUCUACUUCAAAGAGUAUAACAACAGCGGCCCUGGUGCAGCUACCGAUAAGCGUGCUGCCUUCAGCGGACAGCUGGACGCGCCUGUGGCAAUCACGGACAUCCUUGGUGAUAAGUACGCGUCCGAAUGGUGGGUUGACACCGACUUCUUGUAAGAGGUAACGAGGGAAGCUAGUUUAUUGUGGUCAACAAUCGGCUAGCAACGGUAACGGACACCGC